AUUAUCGGGAAGAUUUACGUAAACUACGGAUUCUACAAGUUUUUCAUAAAAAGCCGAAGAUAUCGGAAACAACUGCUAAUGGAACAAGCAAAACAAACUGCGGCGUAUAAUGCCAUUGACACAUACAUAAAGGAUAACGAUAUUGUUGGCAUUGGUAGUGGUUCAACAAUUGUUUAUGCCGUUGAAAGGCUUGGCCAACGUGUUAAAGAAGAAAAUCUUAAUGUAGUUUGUGUCCCUACGUCGUUCCAAUCUCGUCAGCUAAUAAUCAAGAAUUCUUUAAAGCUAGGAGACUUGGAAACUCAUCCUAAUUUAGAUUGUGUUAUUGAUGGUGCCGAUGAAGUAGACAGUGAUUUUAAUCUUAUCAAAGGAGGCGGAGGAUGUUUAUUACAAGAGAAAAUUAUUGCUUCUUGUACAAAGAACUUCAUUGUUGUUGCAGAUAUUCGCAAAGAUUCUGUUAGACUUGGGGAAAAAUACAAAAAAGUACCAAUAGAAGUUCUUCCAAUGGCUUAUGUUCCAGUGAUGAAGAAAAUUGAAGAUAAUUUUGGUGGUAAAAUUAAGCUAAGAAUGGCUGUAUCAAUAGUUGGUCCAGUGGUUACAGAAAACGGGAAUUUUAUUUUGGAUUGGCAUUUUCCUGAUAACAUACGCGAUUGGUCUUUAACGAACAAGCAACUUUUAUUAAUUCCAGGCCUAAUUGAAACAGGUUUAUUUAUCAACAUGGUAUCAACGGUGAUUUUUGGACAACCAAAUGGUUAUUUCGAAGUGCGUUCGACCAAAUAAAUGUUUAAUAUUAAAAAAGAA